AUGGCCGGGGGCAAAAUCUUCAUUGUGGAGCAUCUUGACCAAGAGCUCGGACCCUGGUCCGCUCUCGAGUACUCGGCCAUAGCAAGCGAGUCGCAGAUGAGCGGGAGCAGCUUCGUCCUGUCCAGCUUGCCGCCCUCGUUUCAGGUCCCCGAGGCCUUGUCCAGCAUCCCGGCCUUCAAGGCAGAGCGGCGUGGCGUCGAAGAGCUCUAUGCCGGUGACAAGUCCCGCGUCUGCCUCCUAGACCCUGCCGCGUCCGAGGACCUGAGCCCAGGCGAUGCCGACAAGUUUGAAGCCUUCCUCUUCGGAGGCAUACUGGGGGACGAUCCUCCUCGAGACCGGACUUCUGAGCUGAGGAAAAAGGGCUUCGAGGGCCGUAGGCUUGGCCCGACACAGAUGACAACGGACACGGCCGUACGAGUAACACGCAUGGUCGUACAAGACAAAGUCGCCCUCGAUCAAAUACCCUAUGUCGACUUCCCCGAGCUGCAGUUCAACGACCACGAGAGCACAGAGAUGCCCUUCCGCUACGUCGUCGACGAGAACAGGGAGCCAAUCAUGCCACAGGGAAUGAGGGAGUUGAUAGAAAAGGAUGCCGACAAGGCUGUGGACGAUCUAUUCUAG